AUGGUUUCGUCAACCCCAGUGCUUGGCUACUAUGAUCCAAGUAAGCCACUAGCCCUAUCUGUAGAUGCUAGUUCUAAGGGGUUAGGUGUAGUUCUCUUUCAAGACCUGGAAGUUAAUGAAGUUCACCUCACAACAAAUCUUCCUAUUUCACCCGAGAAGUAUGUGGAGUUACAACAAGCCACGGACACUGAUCCAGUUGUGCAAGCCUUUAGCUCAAUAAUCCAGCAUGCAUGGCCCAAAAGCAAGGAAGAUGUACCAAAUGCUGUUCGCCAGUAUUGGGACUAUUGGGAUGAACUCUCAUCUGUUGAUGGUCUCCUAUUUAGAGCACAACAGCUCACUGUUCCUCACAGUUGGGGAAAAGAAAUGCUAGACCGCAUCCAUGAAUCGCAUCAAGGUAUUGUCAAAUGCAAACAGCGAGCGCGAGACAUCUUAUUCUGGCCUGGCAUGUCUUCUCAGAUUGAAGAUAAGUGUUCCAUAUGCAACCAGUUCCAGAGAGCACAACCCAAAGAAUCAAUGGUAAUUCAAGAGCUAACAGAUAGACUAUGGGCUAAAAUUGGAAGUGACUUGUUCGAAUUCAAUGGUGCACAUUACCCGCUGAGUGUUGAUUACAACUCAAAAUGGAUAGAAAUUGCCAAAUUGAGCAACUUGAGCAGUAACAAUGUCAUCUGUCACUUGAAGAGCCAGUUUGCAAAAUAUGCAUUCAAAGAAUUUAGCCACAACUAUCGUACCGCUUCCAGCCCCAAGCACCCUCAGGCAAAUGGAGAAGCAGAGCGAGCAGUACACACCAUUGAGAGACUCUUAAAGAAAGCACAAGAUCCGUACAAGGCUCUGCUGAACUACAGGAACACGCCAUUAGAAGGAAUAGGCUUAUCGCCUGCACAAUUGCCCAUGGGAAGCAGAUUGAAAACAUCCUUACCAACACGUGCAGACCUUGGAGCCCAAGAAGUCAAGAAACACUUUCUGAAAAGAAAGCUGAAAGAGAAAGUUUACUAUGAUAAACACAGUGGUAAAAAGCUUCCGGAAACCCCUCAAAAAUGGUGA